AUGUGUACUUUGAAGGAGUCGAACCGUUUAUCUACGGAAGCUAAACCUAAUCUGAGGAUACGUUUCUUGAUGUUCGUUCCGCUAAAAUUCAGAAAUUUCGUUCCUCUAGAGGCUACCAGUACUGACUCAGUGCGCGUCUGUGUUAUACAUCUAAAUAAGAAAUUCACGGUUGAAGGAGCGUAUGCAAAUGCGACCACAAAAGACUUAAGGAAUCGUGACAAAAGUUACAGGGAUGUUACUGAAGUAGUAAAGUGCGAAGUGGAAUAA